UAGUUCCCCAGCCCUCCUCCAGCUCCAGCUCCAGCUCCGCGCACAUGCUCAGAACUCCACGCCGCGCUCCGCGUCUCCUGAGCGGCCUGUGCUCUCCUGCGCUCCCGCUAGCACAGAUGCUCUCAUGGAGCUCGAGUCUCGUUUGCGUCUGAGUCCACCAUGCACUUUAGGAUUUCAGUAAGAUGUACGUGUGUUGUGAGAUAAUCAUUUUGCUUCUCUCCUGCAACUUCUGCGCCCUCGUCUACACUCAGGAUCCGUCCUGCUGCCAUCAUGCUGCAGAGCUCUUUCCUCAGUGUAGAGGAGCCUGUGAACAGCUCGCGACCAUCAGGAGUGAAUCGCGUCUGAAGCACCUUCUCCUGCGUUUGCCCAGUUACUGCCCCGAGUCUCUGAGUGAACUUUGGAUCUGCAUCAACAACACAUUGCCGGGAGCAUCAAAGAAGUCAGACGGAUGGGUGGGUUUGGGCUGCUGUGAGCUGGCCAUCUCCGCUGAAUGCCGCAGGGACUGCAAGCAGGCAUCAUCUAAAAACGACAUCACUAAAGUAUGCAAGAAAGACACAGAGGUGGGAGCUUUACCUUUAUUUUACAACUGUCGACGUUGUGUGUGUGUGUGUGUGUGUCCAGUGGGCUCAGUAUGCUGCAGUUAUGCAGGGAGACACACAAACUGCCGUGAAUACUGUCAGGCCAUCUUCCGCACAGACUCGUCGCCGACCGUCUCCCAAAUCAACGCGGUCAAAGAGUACUGCCAGAGCAUCAGUCCGCAGCUCAUCGGCUGUGUGGCCAACUACACCAAAUCCUACCCCAUCCGGAGCCCCAUCGACAGUUUGUACUGCUGUGACCGGGCGGAGGAGGCUCACUGUCAGACGGCCUGUAAGCGUAUUCUUCGCACCAUGAGCACCGAGCAGGAGAUCAUGGAGGGUCUGAUCAGUGAGUGUGGCAGUCAGCCGCUCCCGCAGGACCCGCUGUGGCAGUGCUUCUUGGGUAGCGCACACCCGCCCACCAUAAGUGACCCCGAAUCGCCCCCGAUCGCCAAGAUGGACUACGCCAAACUGCACUGCUGCUUUAAGGCCAACACAUCCCACUGCAGGAACAUGUGCUUGGAGAUCAGCACCAACUGGGGCACUCAGACGUGGCAGGAGUUCGACCAGCAUUGUGAAUACAACCCGGCUGAGAUGGACCUCAUCACCUGCUUGGCCGACGUCAGGGAGCCGUGCCAGUUAGGCUGCAAAGACCUCAGCUACUGCACCAACUUCAACAACAGGCCGACGGAGCUGUUUCGCAGCUGUAACGUUCAGUCAGACCAGGGAGCCAUGAACGACUUCAGACUCUGGUCCAACGGAACCAUCAAGAUGCCCUUCAUGAACAUCCCUGUGCUGGACAUCAGCAGGUGCCAGCCGGAGAUGUGGAAGACCGUGGCCUGUGCGCUGCAGAUCAAACCCUGCUACAGCAAGUCCAGAGGAAGCGUCAUCUGCAGGUCGGACUGUGUGGAUAUCCUGACGCAGUGUGGCGAUGGCAAGCGCUUUCUCGAGGGACAGACGCCCGAGCGCAUCUGUGACCUGCUGUCGGCCACGGACGACCCGGAGCGCUGCAUCCCUCUCCACAGAUACCUCACCCCCAGCCCCUUCCAGAACAGCGUUGAAGAAGUCAUCCACCCCUGCAACCCCAGCCCCUGUCCCAGCAGUCACCUGUGUGAAGUCAACAGAAAGGGCUGCUACCCCGGACACGACUGCCUGCCCUACUUCUGCGUCCCCGGCUGCAAGCUGGGGGAAGCGUCAGAGUUCCUGGUGCCGCUGGACAGCCGGAUCCAGGUGCCCACCAGGAGCGGUCAGGUGGGUUGUUAUGAGGUGUGCACCUGCGGGCAGAGCGGCCGUCUGCAGAACUGCGCUGAAAUGCCCUGCUUCGACACCAGCAAGACCUGCUUCAUCGGAGGACAGCGCAAGAGUCACGGUGUGUCGUUCCGGGUCGACUGUCAGCCCUGCUCCUGCUUCGCCGGUGAAAGCAUCUGCUCGUCUCGUCAGUGUGUGCGCGCCGACGGCUCAGACGAGGACAGACGGCUCUUCACAGGGCUUCCCUGCGGCUGCGCUGAUCAUUUCGUGCCAGUUUGCGCUCGUAACGGACGCACGUAUCCCAGCGCCUGUGUGGCGCGCUGCGUCGGCUUCAAGGACAACCAGUUUGUGUUCGGCUCCUGCAGAAACAUCGACCCCUGCUCCCCAAACCCCUGCCAGAGGAGCCAGAGGUACCUUCACACACACACACACACACACCUGUCAGAAUAUCCCUGUCCUCAGUACGAGUGUGUUUCCCGUCCGGCCGGCUGUGACCAGAACCAGCUGGAUCCGGUCUGUGACACAGACAACAUGGAACACGCCAACCUGUGUCUGCUGUUCCAGCGGAGCAAGAGCCUGGCCUACAUGGGACACUGUCAGGACGCCUGCAGGAAGCCCAGAGAGGUGUGUGGUCAUAACGGGGAGACCUACAGUACGGUGUGUGAAGCGUUCUCGGACCGCGUGGCUGUGGACUAUCAGGGUCGCUGUCAUGCGGUCGGCGUCGUGUCAGAGUUCACGCCAGACUCGGGCUGUAAUGCUGUUCCCUGCCCUCUGCUCUCCAGCCGUGCCUGCAACCCCGUCACGCCGCCCGGUGCCUGCUGUCCGGUGUGUGCAGGUCUGCUGCAGAUCCUCUGGAAUAAAGCGCAGAUGAACACCUUCUCCAAGCUGAACCGGAAUCAGCCGGUGACGGUUCAUGACAUCCUGAAGAUCUUGCGGCUGCACAUCUCUGUUCCUCAGUGUGAUAUCUUCGGUUAUCUGAGCAUCGACUCUGAGCUCAUCGUCCUCAUCGUGCCUGUCGAUCAGCAGCCCACGCCGCUGCAGAUCGAAGCCUGCAGUAAAGAGGCAGAGAAGAUCGACUCGCUCAUAAACUCGGCCAGCCCGACGCUGGUGUCCCAGGUGCCUCUGUCUGCCUUCCUCCGCUCCGAGCUCCAGCUGUCCACCAUCAGCUCCGCCGCGCUGCCUCCGCUCUCCCUCUCCCUCUGUGUCUUCUCCUCCUCUCUCCUCCUGUCUCUGACCUCUGACCUCUGACCUCCACCGACCAGCAAUCACACUCCAGACUCUUCUCUCAGUAUGAAGGACUUCCGGAAGGAAAAGGAGCUGUGGGAGACUCCCAGCACACACCAGCCUAUAGAUAUAUUGUUUGAAAUAUUUUAUUGUUCCUCUAAUGUCAGUCAGUUUUUUUUUUAAUAAAAAAGAGGAACCCAGCCAUGUAAACAAAUAUGACAAUCGUACUGUUUAUCCAUAAAGUGGUAAACACAAUAUGCCUUGCU